CAGCCAGUGUCAUGUGGACAAAAGUAGAUCAAUGAUGAUGCGUCAGUAUAAGGAUACGUGACAGGUGCGAAGGUUAUCCUCGACAAGGCAGCCUACUAAGCUGUGUAAGUUACUAUCGUUCGUUCCCACACUGUUGACCACGAUUUCCUGGAACGUGUUUCCAGUCUUGAAGGAGCAGGUGGGCAGUGCGAAAGAAAGAUGGCUCCAGCACCACAUCGAAUGACAGGAGUUGCGCUCAUCACAGGGGCUGCAUCGGGCAUUGGUCGUGCGACUGCCCACACGUUCGUUAAAGAGGGCUGUACAAGACUGGUCGUCGCCGAUAUCAACCUCGACGGGCUCAAGGCUCUUGCCGAGGAGCUCAAAAGCUUGGACGAUAGUGUGCAGACCUGUCUUGUCGGGUGUGAUGUCUCGAUAGAGGCCGAUGUAGAACGAAUGGUGGAUAGCGGCGUCAAGGCCUUUGGGGCCAUACACUACGCCGUCAAUAAUGCUGGAGUCUCUGGGAAGCCUCGACUCAGAACCCAUGAACUGGAAGUGGAGUCUUACGACCGGGUGCAAAACAUUGAUCUCAGGGGGGUAUGGCUUUGUGAAAGAGCCGAAUUGAGGCAGUUCUUGAAACAAGAGUUUACGUUGAAACCAAGAUCAGGGACACCCGCCCAACGUGGCGCCAUCGUGAAUAUUUCGUCCAUCUUUGGACGAGUUUCUCAUCCUCUCGUUGGCGGGUAUGCAGCAGCAAAGGCAGGUGUUCUGGGAAUCUCCCGAACCGAUGCAGUAGGGUAUGGUAAAGAUGGAAUUCGUGUGAAUUCUGUCUGUCCUGGCUAUAUCAAAACACCUCUGGUGGAACUAGCCAUCCGAAAUGGAACAUACCCGGCUGAUGUCUACAAAGCUUCCCCCAUGGAUCGAUGGGGAUCCCCCGAGGAGCUCGCGGAAGCCGUUGUGUUCUUGGCCAGCGAGAAGGCAAGCUGGAUCAAUGGUGAAGAAUUGAUCGUUGAUGGAGGCUCCAUUGUGUCAUCAGGGUAGAUCUGCUAUGCUGUUGGCGAUGUUAGGCGGUGCUCUAAUGCCUAUUCAAAACAUUCUGUUCUUGACUUAAAGGUUCGCAUGAGCUGAUCCAGGUUGAAACAUAGAUGCGUCCCUUUCUCAAGCUCGGCCUCCUUCUAUUCAAUAUCUUUCUAGAAUCCUGUGUUCAGACUCGAAUAUCAAUUCAUAACACACACACACACACUCUCUCUCUCUCUCUCUCUCUCUCUCUCUCU